GAAAUUCAUAAGGGCGUUCUAUGCCACAUGUCGAUGCUUGCGGACGUGGUGUAAUGGUUUCAAUAUCGGGCUUCUGUAUCGCAGGCCUUGUGUCCGACUCCUGCCACCGGGCAGUUUUAAUAAGGCUUAUUUAAUUAUUUAUUACGUAAUAGUUUACUGAAAAUGACGUGUUAACAAAGUCACGAAGCCGUUUGAAGUCAGUAGGGCGAAGUUAAGGCAAACCCACGCAUUUCCCAUAAUUCCCAUGCUAGCUGAACUGCCCCGAUUGCAACUUCAGUAGACACUAGCUCCAACGUGUCCUCUAGGAAUUAUUGUGUGAAACUCUAUGCUUGGACCAAAAUUACCAUUGCCAAGCCAGACGAGCACGCUUCCUCAACGUCCAAUUGAACGCCACUGAGCGUUGCGUUCCUUCGAUUAUGAACUCCUCGCGGAUUAUGAAACGCUUGCCGCGUUUUGAUUUGGCCUUACCGAGGCGCAGUUAGAACGCACGCGAGAGGUUGCGCGGACAAGCAACGCGCGGAAAAAAAGAAAAAAAAUCACCGACGAUUACGAUGCUCCCUAUGAGCGCUGCUCUGUACGUGUUUUCAUUUCGCGAUAUAAUGAGGCAAACAAUUUGAGCGAGACAUGUAGCAGAGUCGGCACUCGUCGAAAAUGUGAUCUGCGGUUCAGGCGCGUCGGCUUUGUACACAUGAUCCGUCGAAGGUACCAGUGUGAGCGCCUGGUGCCGCUUGGCAUCCAGAAAUUACUACGCAAUUCGCGUCGCGCAUGCAAUCAGAUUACAAAACAAAUCGCAAACCAUGACAAUCGAAACAAGCGCCGAACGAGACCAAACCAAGCAAACCAAACAAGCGCGAGCAAGAGCUGACGCGAGCAGACGAUAGUGCGAAACUGACAAGUUUCGAGUACGCAUCGAGCGGUUGGGCGGGUCCGCAUGACACCACCAGUUUUCCGCGCGCACGUCACGUACUGGAGGGUCCGGUCUCAUUGGUCUCCGCCGUUCGCGGCUCGCGUCUUUCAUAUCCCGCUCCGCAUUUGCUCUUUCAUCCUUCACUGCUGCGCUCGCUCGCUUACGCCGCCGACGCCGACGCUCGCCGCAGGCACACGCCAUUAAGAUCUGCGCACUAAGACGUUGCACCAAAGGGACUAUAAUGCUUUCGCAUUCUCACACAGCACCCAGAUGGGGGCAUCAGUUGACCACGUCCGACCUGGCGUGCGCCGUGGCCACCAUCCUGUCGGCGGCCAUCGUGAUCCUGACCUCGCUCCUGCUCCUGUCUCCCGCCGUGCCAGCGGAUCACGCCGAGGUGACCGUGGUCGGAGCCUUCGGUUCUGUCACCGGGUUCGGCUCGCUGGCCGCCGGACGACACGUGUACGCCUUUCUGGGCGUGCCCUUCGCCGAGCCACCGUUGGGCAAGUUCCGCUUCCAGAAAGCCGUGCCACGACAGCACAUUGUGAUGGACGGCCGACGUCCGGGUCCCGCGUGCUACCAAGAAGGCGCCCGCAGUGCUGACGUGUCCGAGGACUGCCUGCACCUGAACAUCUGGACGCCCAAGGCGGACUGUGAUACGGCGCGGCAGCCCUCGUGCGCGAACAGGACGGUGCUGUUUUUCCUGCACGGCGGGUUCUUCCAGGCCGGCAGCAACCGGGACUACCCGCUCGACGGAAGGAUGCACGACAACACGUUCAACUACCACGCCAACGUGGAGUGGCUGGAGCAUCACGUGCACUGUGACGACAAUGCUACCACCGUCAAGUGCUUGCUGGACGUGGACGCGCAGUCGAUGUACUCCGGCGUGCUGCUGCCGCGCUUCUUCCCAUCGUUCACCGGGUUACUGCCGUACUCGUCCUUCAGGCAGAAGCAUCUCGUCCGCCUGACAGGCGUCAACGUUCUGCUUGGCCACAUGGAGGAGGAGGUGCCGUACCUGGUGUCGUACUUGCAGAGGAAAGGCGUGGUGGAAGGGCCAGUCUUCGACAGUUUGGUGCCCGGCUUGCUCCAAAACUUGGGCUUCAAUGACAGCAGCUCCGUCGUCAUCACCCAUUACUACACGAAUGGCUCAGCGGGUAACGCGAGCCACUGGGCGGGCGAGCUGCUGGCCGACGUGAUGGUCGUGUGCCCCGUGCACCACUUCGCCGACUACCUGGGCGCGUCGGGCAACAACAGCGUGCACCGGUACCUGCUGCUCAGGCGACGGCGGCGCCCCUCGACUCCGACCGCGCAGGUCGGCCCCUCCCUCGGCGCCCGAGGGACGACGCCCCGGCUGUACGCCCUCGGGCUCGUCUUCGGAGAUCCGCUGCGCCGAAACAACAGCGACGCCGAAGAGCAGGCGCUGAGCCGGCGCAUGAUCGCCCUGUGGACGGAGUUCGCCAAAAGCGGGACCGUUCCAGCCGACCUGGGCGGGAACGUCUUCAACUACACCAUAGCGAUUUCAAGUGCACCAAACACCAAAGGGAGUCCAUUUGAGUUCCGCAAAACCCAGUGUGAUUUUCUCAAGGACCACUACCUGUGAACAUUGUUUUGGAUUCAUGGGCCAUUUAUUGUCGUUCAUUUUUUUUUCUGUAUCCUAAUGUAUCGAUCUUGUGAUGCGACGACCCUUUGCACGAUGUCGUGAUGACAUCUGUCGUUUUAUUCGAAAAUAACUGUCAUAUACCUUCUUUUCA